GACUCUCAAGAGUUCCUGCGCUGUUUGAUGGACCAGCUCCACGAGGAGCUGAAGGAGCCGCUGGCCGAGCCCCCCGACAACGACCAUCACUCGCACGCCAUCGCCAUGGACGACGGCCCCGAGGACGACAGCCGCAGCCAAUCUGACGGAGACUUCCAGUCGUGCGAGUCGUGCGAGUCCUGCGGCGGCGGCGGCGGCGGCGAGCGGGCGGACAACAAGGGCGGGAGCGGGGACGGGCGGUCGGCGUUGCCGUCGGGGGAGGAGUCUAACGAGGCAGAGAUGCUGAUCCCUGAUGGACCUGACUCCUCCCACUCCUCGGGCCGGACCAAUAGGGAGUGGCAGAAGGAGAAGAACCUGAUCAACGACCUCUACCGGGGGUCGGGGGGCGCGGGGUCGUCAGGGAGAGACUUGGAUAAAGACGUGGAUACCACUCCCACUAACGAGGCCACGCCCAUCAUCAGCAGCCAGGGGACCAUCAAGGUCCAGAUACAGGGAAGAAUGGCUGGUAGGUACACCUUGAAUGAAUGAAUGAAUGAAUGAAUGGGAUUAAUUUAAUGACUGAAUGGAUGAAUCAAGUAGGUUCAAACCAUCACAUCAGUCUAGCUUGCCUCAACAUUGUGUUAGCCCGCUGAGCUCAAGACUAGUCUGCGUUAUCUCCUUGAGUGAACAAAAGUCUUCAGGUCUCACAAGCUGGGGAGGCUUGGCGUCAGGUCUCACAAGCUGGGGAGGCUUGGCGUCAGGUCUCACAAGCUGGGGAGGCUUGGCGUCAGGUCUCACAAGCUGGGGAGGCUUGGCGUCAGGUCUCACAAGCUGGGGAGGCUUGGCUUCAGGUCUUAGCCACAAAACGUGUAGUAGCCAGGUUAUUCUAAUGAAAGAGAAUGUGUUGUCAAUAACCUACUGGGAUAAAUAAAGUUAAUAAUGAAUCAUCCUGCCUCCUCUAGGGAUUCCAAACAGUAAAAUGACAUGACCAACAGAAAAUACAAUCGAUGUAUACAAGAAAGGACUUCAUCCAUUAACAGCGGAAUUAAAACAUGUAGCAAUAGCAAGCCCAUCGUCUCACAGCCAAAAAGGCUAUAUGAUUGAACAUGUAACUCCUGUAAUGAAGCAGCCAAUAAUACGUCCUUUUCAACAUUUUGCCAAAAUGCAAUCCGUGAGAAAACACUGUUCUAAACAGCGCAACUCGUGCGAGCGGUGACAUUUGGAAAGAGGUGGGAUCUAAAGAUGCAACAACUAGGAUGGGAUGCUAAUAUGACUAGGAUGCUAAUAUGACUAGGAUGGGAUGCUAAUAUGACUAGGAUGGGUUGCUAAUAUGACUAGGAUGGGAUGCUAAUAUGACUAGGAUGGGAUGCUAUUAUGACUAGGAUGGGAUGGCUAAUAUGACUAGGAUGGGAUGCUAUAGUACUAGGAUGGGGUUGACUAAUAUGACUAGGAUGGGUUGCUAAUAUGACUAGGAUGGGAUGUGCUAAUAUGACUAGGAUGGGAUGCUAAUAUGACUAGGAUGGGAUGACUAAUAUGACUAGGAUGGGAUGCUAAUAUGACUGGGAUGGGAUGGCUAAUAUGACUAGGAAUGGGAUGCUAAUAUGACUAGGAUGGGUUUCUAAUAUGACUAGGAUGCUAAUAUGACUAGGAUGGGUUUCUAAUAUGACUAGGAUGGGAUGCUAAUAUGACUAGGAUGGGAUGCUAAUAUGACUAGGAUGGGAUGCUAAUAUGACUAGGAUGGGAUGCUAAUAUGACUAGGAUGGGAUGCUAAUAUGACUGGGAUGGGAUGCUAAUAUGACUAGGAUGGGAUGCUAAUAUGACUAGGAUGGGUUUCUAAUAUGACUAGGAUGCUAAUAUGACUAGGAUGGGUUUCUAAUAUGACUAGGAUGGGAUGCUAAUAUGACUAGGAUGGGAUGCUAAUAUGACUGGAUGGGUUGCUAAUAGACUAGGAUGGGAUGCUAAUAUGACUAGGAUGGGAUGCUAAUAUGACAGGAUGGGUUGCUAAUAUGACUAGGAUGGGAUGCUAAUAUGACUAGGAUGGGAUGCUAAUAUGAUAGGAUGGGAUGCUAAUAUGACUAGGAUGGGUUGCUAAUAUGACUAGGAUGGGAUGCUAAUAUGACUAGGAUGGGAUGCUAAUAGACUAGGAGGGAUUGCUAUAAUGACUAGGACGGGAUGCUAAUAUGACUAGGAUGGGAUGCUAAUAUGGACUAGGAUGGGUUGCUAAUAUGACUAGGAUGGGUUGCUAAUAGACUAGGAUGGGAUGCUAAUAUGACUAGGAUGGGAUGCUAAUAAUGACUAGGAUGGGAUCGUAAUAUGACUAGGAUGGGGUUGCUAAUAUGACUAGGAUGGGUUGCUAUAUGACUAGGAUGGGUUGCUAUAUGGACUAGGGUGGGUUGCUAAUAUGACUAGGGUGGGUUGCUAAUAUGACUAGGAUGGGAUGCUAAUAUGACUAGGAUGGGUUGCUAAUAUGACUAGGAUGGGAUGCUAAUAUGACUAGGAUGGGUUGCUAAUAUGACUAGGAUGGGAUGCUAAUAUGACUAGGAUGGGAUGCUAAUAUGACUAGGAUGGGAUGCUAAUAUGACUAGGAUGGGUUGCUAAUAUGACUAGGAUGGGUUGCUAAUAUGACUAGGAUGGGAUGCUAAUAUGACUAGGAUUGUCCCUUUGGCUUCUGGACAAUGAAAGAAAGUUGGUAUGAAAACCAGUAGAACAGGAGGGAAAUGCUGGUUCCAACGGCAUAUGGAAGUCUUUCUAAAAGAAUUGCCUCCCGUUUCCAUGGUGGGAUUUUGUCAAGGCUCCUUAGAAGCAAGGGUAAGACAUGCCUCAUCAUAUGAAGUACAACAUUCAGGUUUCAAACAAUUACGUUUAUGUUUUUUAAAUGGAUACGGUCUCCAGCUCGUUGCAAAGUGGUGUGUGACGUGCUGAAGCCUGCCUAUGCACCCGAGUGGCGAAUUACCAGUUGAGAAAUCAAGUCCUCUUCUUAAUAGUGACCAUCAAAACUCUGCUUUUAACAUGCAGAUUACUUUAUUCUAUCCCAGGUAUUCCUUAAAGAGGUGGGGUUUCAAAUGUCUCCGGAAGGUGGUGAGUGACUCCGCUGUCCUGGCGUCGUGAGGGAGCUUGUUCCACCAUUGGGGUGCCAGAGCAGCGAACAGUUUUGACUGGGCUGAGCGGGAACUAUGCUUCCGCAGAGGUAGGGGAGCCAGCAGGCCAGAGGUGGAUGAACGCAGUGCCCUCGUUUGGGUGUAGGGACUGAUCAGAGCCUGAAGGUACGGAGGUGCCGUUCCCCUCACAGCUCCGUAGGCAAGCACCAUGGUCUUGUAGCAGAUGCGAGCUUCAACUGGAAGCCAGUGGAGUGUGCGGAGGAGCGGGGUGACGUGAGAGAACUUGGGAAGGUUGAACACCAGACGGGCUGCGGCAUUCUGGAUGAGUUGUAGGGGUUUAAUGGCACAGGCAGGGAGCCCAGCCAACAGCGAGUUGCAGUAAUCCAGACGGGAGAUGACAAGUGCCUGGAUUAGAACCUGUGCCGCUUCCUGUGUAAGGCAGGGUCGUACUCUCCGAAUGUUGUAGAGCAUGAACCUACAGGAUCGGGUCACCGCCUUGAUGUUAGCGGAGAACGACAGGGUGUUGUCCAGGGUCACGCGAAGGCUCUUCGCACUCUGGGAGGAGGACACAACGGAGUUGUCAACCGUGAUGGCGAGAUCAUGGAACGGGCAGUCCUUCCCCGGGAGGAAGAGCAGCUCCGUCUUGCCGAGGUUCAGCUUGAGGUGGUGAUCCGUCAUCCAUACUGAUAUGUCUGCCAGACAUGCAGAGAUGCGAUUCGCCACCUGGUUAUCAGAAGGGGGAAAGGAGAAGAUUAGUUGUGUGUCGUCAGCGUAGCAAUGAUAGGAGAGGCCAUGUGAGGAUAUGACAGAGCCAAGUGACUUGGUGUAUAGCGAGAAUAGGAGAGGGCCUAGAACUGAGCCCUGGGGGACACCAGUGGUGAGAGCACGUGGUGCGGAGACAGCUUCUCGCCACGCCACUUGGUAGGAGCGACCGGUCAGGUAGGACGCAAUCCAAGAGUGAGCCGCGCCGGAGAUGCCCAGCUCGGAGAGGGUGGAGAGGAGGAUCUGAUGGUUCACAGUAUCAAAGGCAGCAGACAGGUCUAGAAGGACAAGAGCAGAGGAGAGAGAGUUAGCUUUAGCAGUGCGGAGAGUCUCCGUGACACAGAGAAGAGCAGUCUCGGUUGAAUGACCAGUCUUGAAACCUGACUGGUUUGGAUUAAGAAGGUCAUUCUGAGAGAGAUAGCAAGAGAGUUGGCUAAAGACGGCACGCUCAAUAGUUUUGGAGAGAAAAGAAAGAAGGGGCACUGGUCUGUAGUUGUUGACAUCGGAGGGAUCGAGUGUUGGUUUUUUGAGAAGGGGUGCAACUCUCGCUCUCUUGAAGACGGAAGGGACAUAGCCAGCGGUCAAGGAUGAGUUGAUCAGCGAGGUGAGGUAAGGGAGAAGGUCACCGGAGAUGGUCUGGAGAAGAGAGGAGGGGAUAGGGUCAAGCGGGCAGGUUGUUGGGCGGCCUGCCGUCGCAAGAUUUUAUCUGGAGAGAGAGGGGAGAAAGAAGUCAAAGCAUAGGGUAGGGCAGUGUGAGCAGGACCAGCAGUGUCAUUUGACUUAACAAGGGAGGAGAAUGUGGCAAAGAGCUUCCUAGGUUUAGAGGCGGAUGCUUGGAAUUUAGAGUGGUAGAAAGUGGCCUUAGCAGCAGAAACAGAUGAAGAAAAUGUAGAGAGGAGGGAGUGAAAAGAUGCCAGGUCCGCAGGGAGUCUAGUUUUCUUCCAUUUCCGCUCAGCUGCCCGGAGCUCUGUUCUGUGAGCUCGCAAUGAGUCAUCAAGCCACGGAGCUGGAGGGGAGGACCGAGCCGGCCGGGAGGAUAGGGGACAUAGAGAGUCAAAGGAUGCAGAAAGGGAGGAGAGGAGGGUUGAGGAGUCAUAAUCAGGAGAUUGGAGGGAGAAGGAUUGAGCAGAGGGAAGAGAUGAUAGGAUGGAAGAGGAGAGAGUAGCGGGAGAGAGAGAGCGAAGGUUGCGACGGCGCAUUACCAUCUGUGUAGGGGCAGAGUGAGUAGUGUUGGAGGAGAGGGAGAGAGAAAAGGAUACAAAGUAGUGGUCGGAGACUUGGAGGGGAGUUGCAGUGAGAUUAGUAGAAGAGCAGCAUCUAGUAAAGAUGAGGUCAAGCGUAUUGCCUGCCUUGUGAGUAGGGGGGGACGGUGAGAGGGUGAGGUCAAAAGAGGAGAGGAGUGGAAAGAAGGAGGCAGAGAGAAAUGAGUCAAAUGUAGACGUAGGGAGGUUGAAAUCCCCCAGAACUGUGAGGGAUGAGCCAUCCUCAGGAAAGGAACUUAUCAAGGCGUCAAGCUCAUUGAUGAACUCUCCAAGGGAAUCUGGGGGGCGAUAGAUGACAAGGAUAUUAAGCUUAAAUGGGCUAGUGACUGUGCCAGCAUGGAAUUCAAAUGAGGAGAUAGACAGAUGGGUCAGGGGAAAAAUUGAGAAUGUCCACUUGGGAGAGAUGAGGAUUCCUGUGCCACCACCCCGCUGACCAGAUGCUCUUGGGGUAUGCGAGAACACAUGGUCAGACGAGGAGAGAGCAGCAGGAGUAGCAGUGUUUUCAGUGGUAAUCCACGUUUCCGUCAGCGCCAAGAAGUCGAGGGACUGGAGGGUAGCAUAGGCUGAGAUGAACUCUGCCUUGUUGGCAGCAGAACGGCAGUUCCAGAGGCUGCCUGAGACCUGGAACUCCACGUGGGUCGUGCGUGCAGGGACCACCAGGUUAGAGAGGCAGCAGCCACGCGGUGUGAGGCGUUUGUGUAGCCUGUGCGGAGAGGAGAGAACAGGGAUAGGCAGAGGCAUAGUUGACAGGCUGCAGCAGAUGGCUACAAUAAUGCAGAGGAGAUCGGAAUAAAAUGAACUAAACAUCUGGGAAAGGAGAGAGCGGGGUCUCCCUCACCACAACUCCCAAAUAUAACUCUCCCAACUUCCACCUCAGAAACUAUAAUUGUUUCACUGAACCACCCGAAUAAAACUCUCCCAACUUCCACUUUAGAAACUAGAAUUGUUGUAAACUACAGCGGUUCAAUGUUUUCUAGGAAUAGACUAACUUAGUUUAUUCAGCUAGCUAACUAGGUGCAGUAUUAUUCCGUGAAAAACGUCCGGGCACCUCGUCAUAAGACGCCACAGCCAGCUAGCAUGCCGGUCUCCAACAACACGGUUUAGCGCCAACACUCAGCCACAACAACCACCAGUGUAUCAACACGCAAGCAGAUCGUUCGUGUCCGUGUCUAACGUUGUGGGUUAGUCCCGACAGCUUGAGCGAGUCCGUCGUCAACUUAUUCAGCCAGUUAGUUAGCUAGAAUAGUUAGCAAACUAGCUAGCCAUUGCUUUCAGACAAAGAAGAACCCCUCCUUUCACGGCACGAACACACAGAGAGAGCCAAACUAACGUUAACUAGUCACCCAUGUCCCGAAUUCCUAGUUCUGUCUCUUGCCUGUAGUUAGCGUCUGGUCUAUUAGCGAUGUUACCAAACAGACUAGUUCUGUCUCUUGCUUCUAGUUAGCGUCUGGUCUAUUAGCGAUGUUACCAAACAGACUAGUUCUGUCUCUUGCCUCUAGUUAGCGUCUGGUCUAUUAGCGAUGUUACCAAACAGACUAGUUCUGUCUCUUGCCUCUAGUUAGCGUCUGGUCUAUUAGCGAUGUUACCAACAGACUAGUUCUGUCUCUUGCCUCUACAUUUACAUUUACAUUUUAGUCAUUUAGCAGACGCUCUUAUCCAGAGCGACUUACAGGAGCAAUUAGGGUUAAGUGCCUUGCUCAAGGGCACAUCGACAGAUUUUUCACCUAGUCGGCUCGGGGAUUAGAACCAGCGACCUUUCGGUUACUGGCACAACGCUCUUACCCACUAAGCGUCUGGUCUAUUAGCGAUGUUACCAAACAGACUAGUUCUGUCUCUUGCCUCUAGUUAGUGUCUGGUCUAUUAGCGAUGUUACCAACAGACUAGUUCUGUCUCUUGCCUCUAGUUAGUGUCACAUGAUGAUUAAUGAAAAACACACUUACUAUGCAAAUGUACCUAUAGUCCGAUAAGCGUGACCGGUCAAAUGUAUUUUUGGCAGCUAACCGAUUUAACGGUUCCUCUCUGUGCUCCUCCCCUCCCCCGCUCCAGACUCGUUCCCAGAGGCAGUGUCCAGCAGCACCAGACCCCAGAGUCCAGUCCCCAUGGAGGGAUACUGCUUUACCAAGAUGUCCUGCAGUCCACCAAAGACCAACUCUGUCUGGCCAGGAAUCUCCUCCAGCCAUCAGAAAAGUAUUUAUUAUAUAGCACAUAGAAUAUCUUUAUGGGGACAAUUCAGUAAUUAUGUAGGCAGAAAUAUACUACAGUAGUAAUGUAAACAAUGUAAAGACAAAAUAUUGCUGUAUGUGUAGCCUGACUGUCUCUGUCUCUGUCUCUGUCUCUCUCUCUCUCUGUCUCUCUCUCUCUGUCUCUCUCUCUCUCUGUCUCUCUCUCUCUCUGUCUCUCUCUCUCUGUCUCUCUCUCUCUCUGUCUCUCUCUCUCUGUCUCUCUGUCUCUCUCUGUCUCUCUGUCUCUCUGUCUCUCUCUGUCUCUCUCUGUCUCUCUGUCUCUCUGUCUCUCUGUCUCUCUGUCUCUCUGUGUCUCUGUGUCUCUGUGUCUCUGUCUCUGUCUCUCUCUCUGUCUCUCUCUCUCUCUGUCUCCCUCUCUCUGUCUGUCUGUCUCCCUCUCUCUGUCUGUCUGUCUCCCUCUCUCUGUCUGUCUGUCUCCCUCUCUCUGUCUGUCUGUCUCCCUCUCUCUGUAUGUCUGUCCCUGUCUGUCUCUCUCUCUGUCUCUGCAGUAACCUCGUUCUCCUCACCAAAGAGCAAGCGUCAGAAGAAGUACCGUAGUGUGAUAUCAGAUGUGUUUGAUGGGACCAUUGUCAGCUCAGUGCAGUGUCUGACCUGUGAUAGGGUGAGUAGUCUGUCUAGCCACCUUGUGGGGCUCCUAGCCUGACCACUCUAAACUCUUCCUCUUCCUCUGCUCUGUCGUUCGCUACAUACUUCAGUCUGAGACUGCCAUCAUUGAAGUUGUUUGUGGUGUCGAGGGGCGUUGUACAAAACAAAAUCACCAGCGAUUGGAUCGUCUCUAACCAAUCAGAGUAUCAAAGCCAAUGACACUUUUUCACACCACCGCAUUACCCACGUGUGUUCUGGCUCUGGCCCAACACAUCCGUUUCUGGACCAAUCAGACGGCCCCUGAUGUGUCGGCAUUAGGUGAAGGGUCGGGGAGGUGUGAAUAAACAUCUGGACUCGCCUCCCUAUACCUCCCAGAGAUCCUGCCUGAUGACCCCCUAUGACCUCACCCUAGAGAAGCCUCCCGAUGACCCCCACGUAUUACCCCCCUAUGACCCCCCGGUAGAAAGCCUCCGCUAUACCCCCCUGGUACCUCCCUGAGACCGCCCGAGACCGCCAUGGAACCCCCCUAUACACCUACUAUACCCCUAUACUAACCACCUAAUACUAACCUAUACCACAUAUACCUCCUAUAACCCCCAUAUACCUCCCUAAACACCCCUAUACCUACCCCAUACCUCCCAUACCUCCCUAUAACCUCCCAUAACUCCCUAUACCCACCCCAUACCUCCCAUACCUCCCUAUACCCCCCUAUACCUCCCUAUACCUCCCCUAUACCUCCCUAUACCCCCCAUACCUCCCUAUACCUCCCUAUACCCCCCUAUACCCCCCUAUACCUCCCUAUACCUCCAUACCCCCCUAUACCUCCCUAUACCCCCCUAUACCCCCCUAUACCCCCUAUACCUCCCUAUACCUCAUCUCUACAGCAUGUUUACAUUACAUAACUGAUGAAUGGCUUUUGUUUCUGCUUGUAUUUGAAUUUGAUGUGUCAUUUUUAUAAUUCAGGGUUCAUCUGUGAAAGAGACCUUGGUCUCAGUAUGACUCCCUGAUAAAAGAAAAUAAAGGUUAAAUUAAUAAAAUAAAACGACGUACCACUCUUCUCCAGGUGUCAGUGACCCUGGAGAACUUCCAGGACCUGUCCCUGCCCAUCCCAGGCAAGGAGGACCUGGCUAAGCUCCACUCCUCCUCCCACCAGACCUCUCUGGUCAAGGCUGGCUCCUGUGGAGAGGUCUACGCAGCCCAGGGAUGGGUCGCCUUCGUUAUGGAAUACAUCAAGAGGUAAGGACUAACUAGUAUAGCCCCUUAUGGGCCAAAUCCUAACUUGAGAUGUAUUAUGUAACACACACAUGAUAACAUACGCACUCUACACACACGUACACAUGGAUUUUGUGUUGUAGAUAUGUGGUAGUGGAGUAGUGGCCUGAGGGAACACACUUAAUGUAUUGUAGAUACAGUUGAAGUCGGAAGUUUACAUACACCUUAGCCAAAUACAUUUAAACUCUGUUUUUCACAAUUCCUGACAUUUAAUCCGAGUAAAGAUUCCCUGUCUUAGGUCAGUUAGGAUCACCACUUUAUUUUAAGAAUGUGAAAUGUCAGAAUAAUAGUAGAAAUAAUUAUUUAUUUCAGCUUUUAUUUCUUUCAUCACAUUCCCAGUGGGUCAGAAGUUUGCAUACACUCAAUUAGUAUUUGGUAGCAUUGCCUUUAAAUAGUUUAACUUGGGUCAAACGUUUCGGGUAGCCUUCCACAAGCUUCCCACAAUAAGUUGGGUGAAUUUUGGCCCAUUCCUCCUGACAGAGCUGGUGUAACUGAGUCAGGUUUGUAGGCCUCCUUGCUCACACACGCCUUUUCCAGUUCUGCCCACACAUGUUCUAUAAUGAUGGUCAUUAUGGCCAAACAUCAGACCAGAGGACAUUUCUCAAGGAAGAAGCCACUGCAAGCCGUAGUCUGUCUUUUUUAUGGCGGUUUUGGAGCAGUGGCUUCUUCCUUGCCGAGCGGCCUUUCAGGUUGUGUCGAUAUAGGACUUGUUUUACUGUGGAUAUAGAUACUUUUGUACCUGUUUCCUCCAGCAGUGUUCUGGGAUUGAUUUGCACUUUUCGCACCAAAGUACGUUCAUCUCUAGGAGACAGAACGCGUCUCCUUCCUGAGCGGUAUGAUGGCAGCGUGGUCCCAUGGUGUUUAUACUUGCGUACUAUUGUUUGUACAGAUGAACGUGGUACCUACAGGCAUUUGGAAAUUACUCCCAAGGAUGAACCAGACUUUACAAUUACUGUAAGGUCCCUCAGUCAAGCAGUGAAUUUCAAACAUAGAUUCAACCACAGAGGGUGGUUUUCCAAUGCCUCGCAAAGAAGGGCACCUAUUGGUAGAUGGGUACAAAUAAAACAAUUCUGAAAUUGAAUAACCCUUUGAGCAUGGUGAAGUUAUUAAUUACGCUUUUGAUGGUGGAUCAAUACACCCAGUCACUACAAAGAUACAGGUGUCCUUCCUAUCUCAGUUGCCGGAGAGGAAGGAAACCGCUAAGGGAUUUCACCAUGAGGCCAAUGGUGACUUUAAAACAGUUACAGAGUUUAAUGGCUGUGAUAGGAGAAAACUGAGGAUGGAUCAACAACAUUGUAGUUACUCCACAAUACUAACCUAAAUGACAGAGUGAAAAGAAGGAAGCCUGUACAGAAUUAAAAUAUUCCAUAACAUGCGUCCUGUUUGCAACAAGGCACUAAAGUAAUACUGCAAAAAAAUAUGGCAAAGCAAUGAACUUUUCAUCUUCAAUAGAAAGUGUCAUGUUUCCAAUAUCCAACACAACACAUUACCGUGUACCACUCUCAAGCAUAGUGGUGGCUGCAUCAUGUUAUGGGUAUGCUUGUAAUUGUUAAGGACUGGGGAGUUUUUCAGGAUAAAAAAAGAAACGGAAUGGAGCUAAGCACAGGCAAAAUCCUAGAGGAAAACCUGGUUCAGUCUGCUGUCCACCAGACACUGGGAGACUAGAGGAAACCCUGGUUCAGUCUGCUUUCCACCAGACACUGGGAGACUAGAGGAAACCCUGGUUCAGUCUGCUUUCCACCAGACACUGGGAGACUAGAGGAAACCCUGGUUCAGUCUGCUUUCCACCAGACACUGGGAGACUAGAGGAAACCCUGGUUCAGUCUGCUUUCCACCAGACACUGGGAGACUAGAGGAACCCUGGUUCAGUCUGCUUUCCACCAGACACUGGGAGACUAGUGGAACCCUGGUUCAGUCUGCUUUCCACCAGACACUGGGAGACUAGUGGAAAACCUGGUUCAGUCUGCUUUCCACCAGAAACUGGGAGAUUAAUUCACCUUUCAGCAGGACAAUAACCUAAAACACAAGGCCAAAUCUACACUGGAAUUGCUUACCAAGAAGGCAGUGAAUGUUCCUGAGUUUUGACUUAAAUCGGCUUCAAAAUCUAUGGCAAGACUUGAAAGUGUCUGUCUACCAAUGCUCAAUAACCAAUUUGACAGAACUUGAAGAAUUUAAAAAAGAAUAAUGUGCAAGUAUUGUACAGUCCAGGUGUGCAAAGCUCUUAGAGACUUAACCAAUAAGACUCACAGCCGUAAUCGCUGCCAAAGGUGAUUCUAACAUGUAUUGACCCAGGGGUGUGAAUACUUAUGUAAAUAAAAGCAGACAGACACGUCCCCAACACAUACUCCUUUAGGCAUUUCACUGUGCCGCUUUUGUUUAGCAUUUCACUGUGAUGUUUUUUUAAGCAUUUCACUGUGAUGUUUUUUUAAGCAUUUCACUGUGAUGUUUUUUUAAGCAUUUCACUGUGGCGUUUUUUUUAAUCAUUUCACUGUACCGUUUAUACCCACUGUACCCUGUGCAGUUGACAAAUAAACUUUAGAUUUAGAUUUCAUGACAAUUCCUUCUACAACUCAUGGUGUAUAUAGUCUGACACCAGGGGCUCUAUUUUAACAAACUUAACGCAAAUCUAAGCAAUAGUCAAUCUUAGCGCUGGCGGUAGCGUUAUAGGUUCAGGGGCCAAUCUUAGCGCUGGCAAUAGCGUUAUAGGUUCAGGGGCCAAUCUUAGCGCUGGCGGUAGCGUUAUAGGUUCAGGGGCCAAUCUUAGCGCUGGCGGUAGCGUUAUAGGUUCAGGGGCCAAUCUUAGCGCUGGCAAUCUUAGCGCUGGCGGUAGCGUUAUAGGUUCAGGGGCCAAUCUUAGCGCUGGCAAUCUUAGCGCUGGCGGUAGCGUUUAUAGGUUCAGGGGCCAAUCUUAGCGCUGGCGGUAGCGUUAUAGGUUCAGGGGUCAAUCUUAGCGCUGGCGGUAGCGUUAUAGGUUCGGGGGCCAAUCUUAGCGCUGGCGGUAGCGUUAUAGGUUCAGGGGCCAAUCUUAGCGCUGGCGAUUAGCGUUAUAGGUUCAGGGGUCAAUCUUAGCGCUGGCGGUAGCGUUAUAGGUUCAGGGGCCAAUCUUAGCGCUGGCGGUAGAGUUAUAGGUUCAGGGGUCAGAAAUAUUAUUGCUAUUUUCAGAACCGGAAUUAUGGGCGCAGUAGCUGGCGGUGUGAAAGGGCUGGGUUCUGAUGAAUAAACAAGUUGUGGAAGUGUCGAGACUUGACCCCUCACUGGCCAAUCAGAACGUGCUCCAUGGCUAAAUAUGUGGUUGCUUCAGGUUGUGUAUUUACGGUCUUUUAUGUAUUGACAUUUCAUCAACUCCAAUUAGAAUGUUAGUCCGUUAUAGCCUAGUUGGUUAAAUAACCUGCCCCAUAUUUGCUAAGUAUGUUGAACAUUUUUGCAGUCCACAUUGUUCUGAUUUGCAUUUCUUCGAUAUGGAAAUACGUUGUUAAACACAGGCUAGUAUUCACACUGAUAUAGGGGCUAGGCAGAGUGUAAAUUGCAGUCUGGACAUGGACAUUCCAAAUGUUAUCAAUAAGCAAGAUUAAGUGUAUGGGUUGUAGGUUGGGAGCUUUUGGGAAGGAGCCCAGUUAGAAAGAUAUGGCAUCUAGAAGCAAACCGGAAGGAGCCCAGUUGGAAAGAUAUGGCAUCUAGAAGCAAACCGGAAGGAGCCCAGUUAGAAAGAUAUGGCAUCUAGAAGCAAACCGGAAGGAGCCCAGUUGGAAAGAUAUGGCAUCUAGAAGCAAACCGGAUGGACAUCAUGAAAAUGAUCAGAGAGGUUGCGAGUAGAAGAAGUUCAGGAGAAAGAACAAACAAAAUGUAAUUAUUGUAAAAUUGACUGUGUCCAUAAAAUGUAGAUAGUGGGUAUGGGCUGGAAGUAGAGGCCUAGGCGUUGUUGUUCACUAGUUUACUCCAAGUGGGGAAAGGGUGGCGGGGUUGGAAAAUAAUAAAGGGGAAUAUAUAUAUAUUUCUUAAGGAUGUGUAUGUAUGUGGGUGAAAAAAUAAAUAAAAAAUUAAGCAAGAUUACGUUCACAAAGCUAUUGAUGAGGUCUACUAAAAAUGAAAGGGUAGCUUGUUUUAAAUAGGCUCUGUCUAAAUACAGUACCAGCCACCAUUUAUAGUUCCCUGUGGGCGUUUUAACACAGACAAGACAACUUCGACUAUGGAGGGUUUUACACACAUCCAGACUUUCCACAGGAGCGGUACAAAGAUCCAAUAUACAGAGAAGGGGGGAACGUCCACUCACCGGUAUACUGCUCCCCAAUGGCAUGUUCAAUAAACACCAUGGAACCGUCUCACAGUUUCAGAUUGGCACUUGUCCAGAAAUGGCAGACGAAAUUGCAUUGCAUUCAGCCAUAUACGUUCUCACCAUAAACCCAUGGUUCCAGCCAUUACUACAGGCCGUUCUCACCAUGAACCCAUGGUUCCAGCCAUUACUACAGGCCGUUCUCACCAUAAACCCAUGGUUCCAGCCAUUACUACAGGCCGUUCUCACCAUAAACCCAUGGUUCCAGCCAUUACUACAGGCCGUUCUCACCAUAAACCCAUGGUUCCAGCCAUUACUACAGGCCGUUCUCACCAUAAACCCAUGGUUCCAGCCAUUACUACAGGCCGUUCUCACCAUGAACCCAUGGUUCCAGCCAUUACUACAGGCCGUUCUCACCAUAAACCCAUGGUUCCAGCCAUUACUACAGGCCGUUCUCCCCAUAAACCCAUGGUUCCAGCCAUUACUACAGGCCGUUCUCACCAUAAACCCAUGGUUCCAGCCAUUACUACAGGCCGUUCUCACCAUAAACCCAUGGUUCCAGCCAUUACUACAGGCCGUUCUCCCCUCAGCAGCCUUUACUCUAGUCUAGGCUACAAGCGGGUUCAGCGUCAAGGACAGAGAUCUGAAUUCCCGCUAUUUGACAGUUCGGUCCAACCGAUGAAAGUGGAAAAUGCUAUUUUUGUACAAAAUGAUCAAGGAAAAACAAUAAGCAGCCUGUUGUAAUAACUUGAUGUUCCUAAACAGACUUCCUACAGUCACUGGCACCUUUCAUUCAAUGGGCAUCGCACAUAGACCUAAUGAGUCCAAACUUUUCACAGAAGCUGCAAGGACAAAAACAACGUCCAUUAUAAAGAUACAAUGGGAAUGUCUGUUGACUGUUUUGCUGCUCUUGAUAUUUUAAAUAAACGUUGCGGGUUAGGCUGCUGGUUAGGCUGCUGGUUAGGCUGCUGGUUAGGCUGCUGGUUAGGGUACUGGUUAGGCUGCUGGUUAGGCUACUGGUUAGGCUGCUGGUUAGGCUACUGGUUAGGCUGCUGGUUAGGCUACUGGUUAGGCUGCUGGUUAGGGUACUGGUUAGGGUACUGGUUAGGCUGCUGGUUAGGCUACUGGUUAGGCUGCUGGUUAGGCUGCUGGUUAGGCUACUGGUUAGGCUGCUGGUUAGGCUACUGGUUAGGCUGCUGGUUAGGCUGCUGGUUAGGCUGCUGGUUAGGCUGCUGGUUAGGCUGCUGGUUAGGGUACUGGUUAGGCUGCUGGUAGGCGCUGUUAGGCUGCUGGUUAGUGCUGGUUGAGGCUGCUGGUUAGCUACUGGUAGGCUGCUGGUUUAAAGGCUCUGGUUAGGCUACUGGGUAGGGUACUGGUUAGGCUGCUGGUAGGUACUGCGUUAGGGUAUGUUGCUGCUGGUUAGGAGCGGUUAGGCUACUGGUACUGCUGGUUAGGCUACUGGUUAGGCUACUGGUUAUGGCUAACUGGGUUAGGGUACUGGUUUAGGCUGCUGGUUAGGGUACCGGUUUUAGGGGUACCGGUUAGGGCUGUCCGGUUAGGCUGCCGGUUUAGGAUGCUGGUUAGGGCUGCUGGUUAGGGUACUUGGUUAGGCCUACUGGUUUAGGGUAACUGGUUAGGAAUGCUGGGUUAGGCUGCUGGUUAGGGUUACUGGUUAGGCUACUGGUUUAGGGUACUGGUUAGGCUACUGGUUAGGCUGCUGGUUAGGCUGCUGUGCGCCUCCACUGACAAUAGAUGCCAUAACCAGUUGCGUUACCGCUAAGACCAGCUUCUAGUCUUCAAUACCACCAGUAGCGCUGCCUGAAACUGGCACAUUGGCGCACGGUUUGAAGGACACCUAAAAUAUUUCCACCUCUCCCGCCUCAGCGCAAGCGAGCUGAUGAAUAAAAUAAUGGAUGAACUCACUGACUGGAAGUCUCUCUGGAUAAGAGCAUCUGCUAAAUGACUCACUAACUGGAAGUCGCUCUGGAUAAGAGCGUCUGCUAAAUGACUAAAAUGUAAAUGUAAUAUAAGAGAAGGUAUAUUAAGCAGAGCGCUGGCUUUUACAAGUUGAAAUUUACAUGUACAUUUAAGUCAUUUAGCAGACGCUCUUAUCCAGAGCGACUUACAAAUUGGUGCAUUCAACUUAGGAUAGCCAGUGGGACAACCACUUUUUUUUUUAUGGGGGGGUGGGGAAGGUGGUCAGUGACUCCGCUGUCCUGGCGUCGUGGGGGAGCUUGUUCCACCAUUGGGGUGCCAGAGCAGCGAACAGUUUUGACUGGGCUGAGCGGGAACUGUGCUUCCGCAGAGGAAGGGGAGCCAGCAGGCCAGAGGUGGAUGAACGCAAUGCCCUCGUUUGGGUGUAGGGUCUGAUCAGAGCCUGAAGGUACGGAGGUGCCGUUCCCCUCACAGCUCCGUAGGCCCCAAGUGUGUUGUAUAGGGGGUCAACAUAUAGGGGUUAUAGGUCAUAGUGGAUAGUCUGCUGACACCAAGUGUGUUGUAUAGGGGGGUCAACAGUUUUUCCUGAGCAUGUGACUCGACCAGAAAACCCCAGAUAUUCCUUCGUUAAAGCCGAUAAACACAUUGUUAGUAAGUUGUGUGACGUCUAUUCUGUUAAUGGUACAACUCUAAGCUGUGACUGUGUCCUUGUGUUCCAGCUGGUUCUGGGGACCUGUGGUGACCCUACAGGACUGCCUGGCUGCCUUCUUCGCCCGGGACGAGCUGAAAGGAGACAACAUGUACAGCUGUGAGAAAUGCAAGAAGUGAGCACCUCCCAAACUCAGACUUUAAAAAGGAUAUUUAAAUUAUUGUUAGAUACAUGACUGAAUGGAACUUCUACACGAAUAAAGAUUUAAUAAAGACUGCUUUUCUUUAUUCUCAUAGAUUACGGAAUGGAGUGAAAUUCUGCAAAGUUCAGAGUGUACCAGAGGUGAGCGCUCCACGACGUUCAUCAUGUCACAGCAACUAAAUCAGAGUCGGUUCAUUGUUGAAUCGAAAGAGUCGUUGAAUAUCAUUAUUACAUUAUUUGUAAUCCUGUCCAGAUCCUGUGUAUCCACCUGAAGCGGUUUAGACAUGAGCUGAUGUUCUCCACUAAGAUCGGGACUCACGUCUCCUUCCCAUUGGAGGGCCUGGACCUGCAGCCCUUCCUGGCCAAGGACAGCUCCGCCCACACCACCUCCUACGACCUGCUGUCGGUCAUCUGUCACCAUGGCACCGCCAGCAGUGAGUGUUCCUCCGUCCGGGCCACUGGCCAAUCCCCCUCUGAGAUGGGAGGAUGUUACAGAGCAUUCAGAUAGAAAUGUAUGAACGUAGAAUAGGUAUGGUAAUGUCUAGAUUGGGGAGUUGUCUCAGCUCUAUUUGUUCUGAACGUAGAAUAGGUAUGGUAAUGUGUAGAUUGGGGAGUUGUCUCAGCUCUAUUUGUUAUGAACGUAGAAUAGGUAUGGUAAUGUCUAGAUUGGGGAGUUGUCUCAGCUCUAUUUGUUCUGAACGUAGAAUAGGUAUGGUAAUGUGUAGAUUGGGGAGUUGUCUGAGCUCUAUUUGUUCUGAACGUAGAAUAGGUAUGGUAAUGUGUAGAUUGGGGAGUUGUCUCAGCUCUAUUUGUUAUGAACGUAGAAUAGGUAUGGUAAUGUGUAGAUUGGGGAGUUGUCUCAGCUCUAUUUGUUAUGAACGUAGAAUAGGUAUGGUAAUGUGUAGAUUGGGGAGUUGUCUCAGCUCUAUUUGUUAUGAACGUAGAAUAGGUAUGGUAAUGUGUAGAUUGGGGAGUUGUCUCAGCUCUAUUUGUUAUGAACGUAGAAUAGGUAUGGUAAUGUGUAGAUUGGGGAGUUGUCUCAGCUCUAUUUGUUCUGAGUGUUGUUGAACAGAUAUUGUAGUCUGACAUUGUCAGGUAGGUUGUUUUUGGUUGGCACUCCUAUGAUGUAUAAUGAAAGACUGAAAGUGAUUCAUUGAGAUUAGGAUACAUCCAUGCAGUGGUUGACGUUACUCUCACUACCAUGCUCUUCUUGUCUAGCUAACUGCUACUCCGUGUUUAUAGCCAAGUCAUCGUUACUCAUUGUGGAUUUAUUACUUGUGUUAUUAUUGUUCUGUUAUUGAAAAAAAAUCAAUCUCUGCAUUGUUGGGAUGUAAGUAGCAUAUCACUCUUAGUCUACACCUGGUUACUAAGCAUCACUCUUAGUCUACACCUGGUUACUAAGCAUCACUCUUAGUCUAUACCUGGUUACUAAGCGUCACUCUUAGUCUAUACCUGGUUACUAAGCAUCACUCUUAGUCUAUACCUGGUUACUAAGCAUCACUCUUAGUCUAUACCUGGUUACUAAGCAUCACUCUUAGUCUAUACCUGGUUACUAAGCAUCACUCUUAGUCUAUACCUGGUUACUAAGCGUCACUCUUAGUCUAUACCUGGUUACUAAGCGUCACUCUUAGUCUAUACCUGGUUACUAAGCGUCACUCUUAGUAUAUACCUGGUUACUAAGCGUCACUCUUAGUCUAUACCUGGUUACUAAGCGUCACUUUAGUCUAUACCUGGUUACUAAGCGUCACUCUAGUCUAUACCUGGUUACUAAGCGUCACUCUUAGUCUAUACCUGGUUACUAAGCGUCACUCUUAGUCUAUACCUGGUUACUAAGCAUCACUCUUAGUCUAUACCUGGUUACUAAGCGUCACUCUUAGUCUAUACCUGGUUACUAAGCGUCACUCUUAGUCUAUACCUGGUUACUAAGCGUCACUCUUAGUCUAUACCUGGUUACUAAGCGUCACUCUUAGUCUAUACCUGGUUACUAAGCAUCACUCUUAGUCUAUACCUGGUUACUAAGCAUCACUCUUAGUCUAUACCUGGUUAAUAACCUCCUCCUCUCCCCCCAGGUGGUCACUACAUAGCCUACUGCAGGAAUGACCUGAAUAACCUGUGGUAUGAGUUUGAUGACCAGAGCGUCACCGAGGUGUCAGAGUCCUGUGUCCAGAACGCUGAGGCCUACGUCCUCUUCUACAAGUAAGACACAAAACCAUACAAUUACAUCAGUCAUUUAUAGACAAAACCAUAGAAUGACAGUCAUUUAAUAGGAUCUCUGUGCACAAAGCAACACAGCAUAACCACCAACCCAAGAGCAAAUCUAUGAUGUAAUGAUACCCUGUGGGGUGACUUCCUGUUUACAGAUUUGAGCCUCCCUUGAGGCAGUGGCAGCGUUACAGAUUAUCAUUUACACUGAACAAAAAUAGAAACGCAACAUUUUAAAAGAUUUUACUGUGUUAGUUAAUAUAAGGAAAUCAGUCAAUUGAAAUAAAUUCAUCAGGCCCUAAUCUAUGGAGUUUACAUGACUGGGAAUACAGAUAUGCAUCUGUUGGUCACAGAUACCUUUUUUUAAAAGGUAGGGGUGUGGAUCAGAAAACAGUCAAUAUCUGGUGUGACCACCAUUUGCCUCAUGCAGCGCGACACAUCUCCUUCACAGAGUUGAUCAGGCUGUUGAUUGUGGCCUGUGGAAUGUUGUUCCCACUCCUCUUCAAUGGCUGUGCGAAGUUGGCUGGAUAUUGGUGGGAACUGGAACACGCUGUCGUACACGUCGAUCCAAAGCAUCCCAAACAUGCUCAAUGGGUGACAUGUCUGGUGGGUAUGCAGGCCAUGGAAGAACUGGGACAUUUUCAGCUUCCAGGAAUUGUGCACAGAUCCUUGCGACAUGGAGACGUGCAUUAUCAUGCUGAAACAUGAGGUGAUGGCCUCUCCGGUCCAGUUCUGGUUUAGGACCUAUUUAACCGGUCGAGAGUUGUUGUUUUUUGUCACCCUUGGUGAACAUAACUCAGAGAAAAUACAUAUCACAUGUGGCGUUCCAUAGGGUUCGAUUUUGGGUCCGGUACUGUUCAGUUUAUAUAUGUUACCCCUUGGCAGCGUUAUCAGAAAGCACAGCAUUGAUUUUCACUGCUACGCUGACGAUACACAACUUUACAUUUCUGUCUCACCAGAGGAUUUUAGCUCCAUGGAUAAAUUUGACUGUAUUAUUGAUUUAAAUACUUACACUAAUUUUUUUUACAUUUUAGUCAUUUUAGCAGACGCUCUUAUCCAGAGCGACUUACAGUUAGUGAGUGCAUACAUUUUCAUACUGGCCCCCCGUGGGAAAACGAACCCACAACCCUGCCGUUGCAAGCGCCAUGCUCUACCAACUCAGCUACAGGGGACUACUUGGAUGGCUCACAACUUCCUCCAGCUAAAUCAAAACAAGACCGAGGUACUUGUUGUUGGAGUCAAAGCACAGAGAGAGAAUCUGGCCGCACAUUAUAAUUCACUGGCAAUAAAGAUGAAACACCAGGUUAAAAACCUAGGUGUUAUUUUAGAUUCUGAACUAAAUUUCGAAUCGCACAUUAGGAAUGUGACCAAAACAGCUUUUUACCGCCUGAGGAACAAUGCCAAGUUGCGGCCGUUUCUAACUCGGGCUAAUAAAGAGAGACUCUAAUGGUUUUUAAAUAAAUCCACGAUUGUGCACCCCAAUACAUGUCAGUCAUGCUUUUAAGUUAUAUACCCAGUAUACAUUCAAUUAUCUGGCAACAGCUCUGUUGGAGAUUCAUGCAGUCAGCAUGCCAAUUGCACGCUCCCUCAAAACUUGCACAUUUUAGUGGCCUUUUAUUGUCCCCAGCACAAGGUGCACCUGUGUAAUGAUCAUGCUGUUUAAUCAGCUUCUUGAUAUGCCACACCUGUCAGGUGGAUGGAUUAUCUUGGCAAAGGAGAAAUGCUCACUAACAGGGAUGUAAACAAAUUUGUGCACGUAAUUUGAGAGAAAUAAGCUUUUUGUCCGUACAGAACAUUUCUGGGAUAUUUUAUUUCAGCUCAUGAAACAUGGGACCAACACUUUACAUGUAGCGUUGAUAUUUUUGUUCAGUAUAAUUGUUUUCUGUAAGAAAGGAAGUUGUCCUGCUGUGCUACAGACCCUGACUAGUGCCAAUCUGAUUUUCUUUAGUUUAGCGUUAAUGAUGUGUGUUCCCCUCCAGGAAGAGCAACGAGGACGCUCCGAAGGAGAGGAGGAGGGUGACGGGUCUACUCAACAUGACGGAGGCCAGUCUGCUACAGUUCUACGUCUCCAGACAGUGGCUCAACAAGUUCAAGACCUUCGCUGAGCCUGGACCUAUCUCCAACGACGACUUCCUCUGCUCACACGGAGGUGCAGAGAUAACUAUAUCUAGCUGAAUCUGUCAGUCAACCAACCAAUCAAUCGAUGGCUUGUACUAGUCAGUCAUUUUAUCAAUAAAAGUUGAGAGAAAAGGAAAUGGGGCCUAAUCAAAUCAAAUCAAAUUUCUAGCUCCGACAGUGCAGUAAUAUCUAACAAUUUCACAACAUAUACCUAAUGAAUGUGUCUACUCAGUGUUAUUGACUAAAUGAAGCUCAUAAUGACGUGGUUAUAGUGUGUUUAAAUGGUGUUGUGUUAUCAGGUGUGCCACCUGCCAAGGCAGCGUUCAUCGAUGAUCUGGUAGUGAUGCUGCCUCAGAAUGUGUGGGACCACCUCUACAGCAGGUAGAUAUUCUAAUGAAGAGAUAAUGUCCUAACCUCUACAGCAGGUAGAUAUUCUAAUGAAGAGAUAAUGUCCUAACCUCUACAGCAGGUAGAUAUUCUAAUGAGAGAUAAUGUCCUAACCUCUUACAGCAGGUAGAUAUUCUAAUGAAGAGAUAAUGUCCUAACCUCUACAGCAGGUAGAUAUUCUAAUGAAGAGAUAAUGUCCUAACCUCUACAGCAGGUAGAUAUUCUAAUGAAGAGAUAAUGUCCUAACCUCUACAGCAGGUAGAUAUUCUAAUGAAGAGAUAAUGUCCUAACCUCUACAGCAGGUAGAUAUUCAAUGAAGCGAUAAUGUUCCUAAACCUCUACAGCAGGUAGUAUUCUAAUGAAGAGAUAAUGUCCUAACCUUCUACAGCAGGUAGAUAUUCUAAUGAAGAGAUAAUGUCCUAACCUCUACAGCAGGUAGAUUUCUAAUGAAGGAGUUCAUGUUCCUACACCUCUACAGCAGGUAGCUAUUCUAAUGAAGAGAGAUAAUGUCCUAACCGUCUACAGCCAGGUAGAUAUUCUGAAUGAAGAGAUAAUGUCCCUAACCUCUACAGCAGGUAGAUAUUUCUAAUGAAGAGACUUAAUGUCCUCUACCCUCCUUACAGCAGGGUAGAUAUUCUAAUGAAGAGAUAAUGUCCUAACCUCUACAGCAGGUCGAUAUUCUUAAUGAAGGAACGAUAAUGUCCUAACGUCUACAGCAGGGUAGAAUUUCUAAUGAAGAGAUAAUGUCCCUAACCUCUACAGCAGGUAGAUAUUCUAAUGAAGAGAUAAUGUCCUAACCUCUACAGCAGGUAGAUAUUCUAAUGAAGAGAUAAUGUCCUAACGUCUACAGCAGGUAGAUAUUCUAAUGAAGAGAUAAUGUCCUAACCUCUACAGCAGGUAGAUAUUCUAAUGAAGAGAUAAUGUCCUAACCUCUACAGCAGGUAGAUAUUCUAAUGAAGAGAUAAUGUCCUAACCUCUACAGCAGGUAGAUAUUCUAAUGAAGAGAUAAUGUCCUAACCUCUACAGCAGGUAGAUAUUCUAAUGAAGAGAUAAUGUCCUAACGUCUACAGCAGGUUAACACCCAUUAGAGAUACAUUAUAUUCUAGUUAAACUAUUAUGCCCAAGAGGCUGAAGUCUGUAACUGUGGUCACUGGUCAGGUGUGUUACUAAGCUGUGAUUGGUCUGUUCAGGUACGGAGGCGGGCCUGCUGUCAACCACCUGUACGUGUGUCACACCUGCCAGACGGAGAUUGAGAAACUGGAGAAGAGACGCAAGACUGAGUUGGACAUGUUUGUCCGGGUAAGGAUUAAUAUGGUGGAAAUUGCCUCUAAUUUUAAAUCAAUGGAGAACGGUGCACAAAUUCCACUAACCUUCCCGAAAUUCCCAGGAUUUCCUGCUUAUUCCCCCCCCUCCUGAUUCCUGGAAUCUUCUAACCAGGAUUUCUGGAAAACCUGUGAAUUUCGGGAAAGUUAACAGAAUUUUGCUAUUCCUAGUGGGGAAUCAGAAGGCAGCUUGUGUGUGAAGGGGUAUUCUCUGGUCUGAUGAGCUGACUGAUGGUGUCUGUGCUGAAGCCGUAGAAAUAGAAUGACUAGAAGGGGCCCUCUGCCCCAGCGGGAGACCAGGGGCUGGGGCUGAGACCGAGACAGUGGGUCAUCAUUAAUGCAUGGAGACAGAUGGACCUGCUGUCAGCUAAAUACCACCCAUAAUACAGACACACUGACUGACUGCAGCUAAUACCACCCAUAAUAUAGACACACUGACUGACUUGCACAGCUCAUACCACACCAUAAUAUAGAACCACAUGACUGACUGCAGCUAAUACCAACCCAUACUCUAGACCACCACUGACUGACUGCAGCUAAUACCACCCCAUACUAUAGACACACUGACUGACUGCCAGCUAAUAUCACCCGUACUAUAGACACACUGACUGACUGCAGCUAAUACCACCCAUAAUAUAGACACACUGACUGACUGCAGCUAAUACCACCCAUACUAUAGACACACUGACUGACUGCAGCUAAUACCACCCAUAAUAUAGACACACUGACUGACUGCAGCUAAUACCACCCAUACUAUAGACACACUGACUGACUGCAGCUAAUACCACCCAUAAUAUAGACACACUGACUGACUGCAGCUAAUACCACCCAUAAUAUAGACACACUGACUGACUGCAGCUAAUACCACCCAUACUAUAGACACACUGACUGACUGCAGCUAAUACCACCCAUACUAUAGACACACUGACUGACUGCAGCUAAUACCACCCAUACUAUAGACACACUGACUGACUGCAGCUAAUACCUGUACUAUCUGGCUUGCCUACUACUAAGUUAAACUGCGUACUGUGUACUAAUUGUACUGCGUACUGUGUACUAAUUGUACUACGUACUGUUAAGUAUGCAGUAUGCCACGGCCGAAACGUUGUGCAGGUUUCUUUUUUCUUUCAACUGAUCUAGCUGUUACCAAGAUGGCUCAGAUGUGCAAGUACAUUUUUGACAUUUGAAAGUUAAACACACCAAGAGUAGAUAUACUGGUAUCAAUAAAAAAAAUAUAUAUAUAUAUAUACAAACAAGAAACUAUUUUCAGUGGGAAAACAGAAAUCCACUUUGGGUUGAAAAAAAAGGACUUAAAAUAAUGAAAAUGAAUAAAAUAAUAGCUAUAAAUAAAAUACAUACUUAAUCAUGGCCAUAAGGCAGGCCUCCCUGGCAGUCACUUCCUCCUCCCGCCUCGACAUCUGGACCCCUCUGGGAGGGAGAGGAAGCUGCAGUGUAUUAUCUCCCACCUCUUCUUCACCCAUGCAGGUGACAGCUUCCCCUCCAGCCCACACUCCUUCACAAAGAUCCUGAAAAGACACAAGAUGAAGUACAACAUUAACCAAAACAUGAGCCAAGUAGAGUUGUCAACUUUCUGUAGCUAGCUAGACUGCCACAUACUUCAUCAAAUUGGAGUGCCAAGGUGAAACCGUAACGAGUGCAGCUUACCAUUACUUUCACCAUAACACAGGGGUGAAAUCAUUACUCCAAACAGUUCCGUUUUGCAAUGAAAACUAGCGUUUUCUUGUGAGGCCUGUGGGCGUCCUAGAGCAAAAACAACCGACGUGUUCGUGAAAGUCUCACCUUUCCUCAGAUUGGUAGCUCAAACUGUUCGGACGCUACAGACGAUUUUGUGAGAAGACAGAUUUUCUGGAUGUCUCAUGGUCUGACAAACACUGAUCCAUCUCUGUCACCUUUCACCCCAGAUGCCGAAGUGCGACAUCGGUGGAUGCGGUUUGCAAUGCGAGCGUCCAAAGCUGUCAAGGCAAAGGGUGGCUACUUUCAAGAAUCUCAAAUAUAAAAUAUACACUGCUCAAAAAAAUAAAGGGAACACUUAAACAACACAUCCUAGAUCUGAAUGAAUGACAUAAUCUUAUUAAAUACUUUUUUCUUUACAUAGUUGAAUGUGCUGACAACAAAAUCACACAAAAAUUAUCAAUGGAAAUCAAAUUGAUCAACCCAUGGAGGUCUGGAUUUGGAGUCACCCUCAAAAUUAAAGUGCAAAACCACACUACAGGCUGAUCCAACUUUGAUGUAAUGUCCUUAAAACAAGUCAAAAUGAGGCUCAGUAGUGUGUGUGGCCUCCACGUGCCUGUAUGACCUCCCUACAACGCCUGGGCAUGCUCCUGAUGAGGUGGCGGAUGGUCUCCUGAGGGAUCUCCUCCCAGACCUGGACUAAAGCAUCCACCAACUCCUGGACAGUCUGUGGUGCAACGUGGCGUUGGUGGAUGGAGCGAGACAUGAUGUCCCAGAUGUGCUCAAUUGGAUUCAGGUCUGGGGAACGGGCGGGCCAGUCCAUAGCAUCAAUGCCUUCCUCUUGCAGGAAAUGCUGACACACUCCAGCCACUUGAGGUCUAGCAUUGUCUUGCAUUAGGAGGAACCCAGGGCCAACCGCACCAGCAUAUGGUCUCACAAGGGGUCUGAGGAUCUCAUCUCUGUACCUAAUGGCAGUCAGGCUACCUCUGGCGAGCACAUGGAGGGCUGUGCGGCCCCCCAAAGAAAUGCCACCCCACACCAUGACUGACCCACCGCCAAACCGGUCAUGCUGGAGGAUGUUGCAGGCAGCAGAACGUUCUCCACAGCGUCUCCAGACUCUGUCACGUCUGUCACGUGCUCAGUGUGAACCUGCUUUCAUCUGUGAAGAGAACAGGGCGCCAGUGGCGAAUUUGCCAAUCUUGUUCUCUGGCAAAUGCCAUACGUCCUGCACGGUGUUGGGCUGUAAGCACAACCCCCACCUGUGGAUGUCGGGCCCUCAUACCACCCUCAUGGAGUCUGUUUCUGACCGUUUGAGCAGACAAAUGCACAUUUGUGGCCUGCUGGAGGUCAUUUUGCAGGGCUCUGGCAGUCAGUGUUGCUUCCUAAGGGGACAGUUUGAUUUCACAGAAGUGUGAUUGACUUGGAGUUACAUUGUGUUGUUUAAGUGUUCCCUUUAUUUUUUUGAGCAGUGUAUUUUGAUUUGUUUAACCCUUUUUUGGUUACUACAUGAUUCCAUAUGUGUUAUUUCAUAGUUUUGAUGUCUUCACUAUUAUUCUACAAUGUAGAAAAUAGUAAAAAGAAAGAAAAACCCUGGAAUGAGUAGGUGUUCUAAAGCUUUUGACCGGUAGUGUAGGUGAUGGAGAUCAGAUCCUUCCCCUGAAACACACACUCUGGUCCCCCGUUGUGACCAUUUUCCCACGCAUCUCUGUGCAGUCAGACCUUUUGAUUAUUUUGUGCCACCAGGGCCACAAUAAUAUGCCCCCUCUCUGAUUGUCCGAGUGUGACCCCCUCCCCAUUGGUUACUGCAGCCAGUGUUGCCAGCACUGCCACUACCUGGGUGGGGGUACCCCACCGGAAUCCCCACCGGCUAGGUACAAGGUCGUCAAGGUUCUCAUUAGCAGCUUUGAGAAUUUCCUUGUAUAUUAUGCUCUCCCAUCAGGGGGCUCUGGCUUUGUAGGACCAACCCUGCCAGGCAGGCUCAGAAUCUUGAGGGGGCGGUGCUGCUCUCGUAGGUCUCUGACCGCAUUUAUCUUUCUGUUUAGGCUGCAUAUAGGCAACUCACAGCAGGUCCAUAAAACAGAUGGGGACUUCUCUUUGGUGUAUGAGUCGCUCAGGUGGGUGUCUAGGAUAUAGGAUUGGGGACCGUUCCAUCGUGAUAGGACAAUAAAACAAUUAAUUAGAUGUAUCUUUUAUUUUAAAAUAUAUAUCCCUCAUCUGCACAAAAUUGAAAGCUCUCUCUCACAACCCCUGCUCACAGACACACGUUGGUUCUGGGAUAUGAAACCAUUUCCUUUCUCACUCACUUAACGCCACACUUAUUCAAACACAAAAACGCACACCACACCUUCCAUCACAAUUCAUCCCCACAUACUGUGCCUUCUAUGUCUUCUGUUCACUCUGUUUUUAUCUCCACUAUGUUGAUUGAAUACUUUUGUGUUCCAAUUAGUUAUAUUUGAAGAUGUAUUAUUUUGCUAGUUUCUGUUGUCUUAGUAUUCCUAUACAAAAAAAAAUGAAAUAAUAAUAUUUUAACAGUUAUUCUCCUCUGACUGCAAUUUCGACAGUUCUUAAUUUCGCCACUAGAGGGUGAUCAGCCGAUUUCUAGGGGUCUGUGCUCCCGAAGUUGUUGACUGUUUUUGUGCUUGCCAGUUAGCUAGUAGUUCUCGGCUGUUAACAGCUAAUGGCUAGCAGUUUGUUACUGGUGAUAGAAACUGAUGUUUACCAUAAUUUUUUGUAAUUACUGAGUUAUUUAAUGUAACAAAUGAAACAUUAAACCUCGUAAAAACAAUUCAUGGUAACUUCUUAAACACUUCAUUUAGACCAGAUGUUUAUUUGAAACAGGUGUGUGCCGUUGGCCAGAUAGUAAAAGGUUGUCGGCUAUUAGAGACUCAGCUUUUAAUUUAAGUUUUAUGGUAGCCAUUUUUAUUUUAUUUUUUAUUUGUAUCUUAUCUUUAACUCUGCAUAGUUGAAAAAGGAGCCGUAAGUAAACAUUUCACUGUUAGUCUACACCUGUUGUCUACAAAGCAUGUGACAAAUAAAAUGUGAUUUGAGAUCUAGCUAUCAAAACUCGCCGCCCCCCUCUUCCAAUGCAUUUUGGCUGAAAAUCCCAACAAGUGUGCAACAAAUUCUACCAGGUGAAAAUUUAGUAUAACAUCCUGGCAUUUAUAGCAGACUAGAUUUUUUUGCGUGAUUGUGUUUUGUACCGCUAUUGGUUGAUUUCGGUAGCCAAAUAUAUAAUUGACUGCUGAUUAUUAGCUGUUGUCAAAGCCGAAAUGAAUAUGACAUCUGGGCAUUUAAAGUGUACUCGAUUUUCGAAAUGUCACAUAAUGAGAGAGAGAGAGCAAAGCGAGCGGAACAUAAAUUAAUUUCUAAUCUAAGUGAAAUCAUGAUCUCCCAUUUCUUACUUUCAAUCAUAUUUCUUCCUCUACAUCUCUCCCUCCCUCUCCUCCUCCCUCCCUCUCCUCCUCCCUCUCCUCCUCCCUCCCUCCCUCUCUCCUCCCCCCUCCCUCUCCUCCCCCCACCAGCUGAACAAGGCGUUCCAGGAGGAGGAGUCUCCAGUGGUCAUAUACUGCAUUAGCAUGCAGUGGUUCAGAGAGUGGGAGGGCUUCGUCAAGGGAAAGGACAAUGGUGAGUGGUUGGUUCAGAGAGUGGGAGGGCUUCGUCAAGGGAAAGGACAAUGGUGAGUGGUUGGUUCAGAGAGUGGGAGGGCUUCGUCAAGGGAAAGGACAAUGGUGAGUGGCUAGAGCACUGGGAGUCCCUAGCUGUGGCCUCAGGACUAGCAGUAAAUGUUCCCCUUCACUGUAGUGGCCAGUGAAUGGUAGAAGGACAAAUGCCUCUUCAAAUUUUAUGACAAAAUGUAUGCACUCACUAAUUGGAAGUCGCUCUGGAUAAGAGCGUCUGCUAAAUGACGUAAAUGUGAAAAUGUAAUCUAAUCUCCUCUUUAUAUUAAAUGGAAUCCAAAAAUGUAGUAUUUAAGGAUGUAAUAUGUGUAUUAAUUGUUUUGCCCUCUUCUCUCUUAAAGAGCCACCAGGACCAAUCGAUAACGCCAAGAUAGCGAUCAACAAGAAUGGUCAUCUAACACUCAAACAAGGUAAGAGCCAGACUCUUUCAAAGAAAGACAACUUUCAAUUAAACUCUCAGAAUUUUCUGAAUUAGAAAUUGAAUUGAGCCCAACAUAUACCCUGCUGUGUUGCCCUGACAUGACUAGAUGAUUAUUAUUAUUAUUAUGACGUCAAGGUGAGUGUUGACCCCUUUUGGACUCUGGGGAGAUUAUUAGGCAGGUAGCUUAGUGGUUAAGAGCGUUGUGCCAGUAAUCGAAAGGUCGCUGGUUCUAAUCCCCGAGCCGACUAGGUGAAAAAUCUGUCGAUGUGCCCUUGAGCAAGGCACUUAACCCUAAUUGCUCCUGUAAGUCGCUCUGGAUAAGAGCGUCCGCUAAAUGACUUAAAUGUAAAUGUAAAUGAUUAGGACUGUGAUGAUUAUAAUGACAUGGGGUUAACCGUGUCUUGACUCUGGGCAGGUUGAGUUUGUAAUGUGUAUAAACCGUCUCUGUGCUGCUCCUCUAGGCGCCGACUCGGGGCAGAUCUCGGAGGAGACCUGGAACUUCCUCCACUCUGUCCACGGAGGGGGUCCGGUCGUCACGGUCCGGCCCAACGUCUCUCACCCCGAACCAGAGGCCUCCUCGCAGUGCGAGGAGAAGAUCGAGGUGGAGACGCGCUCUGUUUAACACUACAUAACUAACUACCCCAACAGGAAACCCCAACGCCAGCCCUGAGGAAAACAACAACAACAACUAAAGCCUUUUAUUUUGCACUUGGCUUUUUAUUUCAAAAGCAUUCGAUCAAAGGACUUCCUUGACCACCGCAACAUGACAGCUCUUCUUGACUGUUGGGCAGAAGGAAUAAACAUGUCUGAAAAUGAUAUGAUGACAGUCAUGUUUGUACAUAGAUGUAUAAAUAUCUCAUUUCUAUUAGCACUGUAGAAUAAUGCAUGGAAACGGUGUCCGGUCGUUUCCAGAACCAAGCAUUUAUGAAUUUUGUGUGCAGCUAAAAUGAUUUUUCUGCAUGCCAUGUUCAUUUUUUUGUUUUCUCUUGACCAAAAUUGAGCCGAUGUCACUCU